AAUUUGUAUCUGGCAACCCUGAGUCGCCCCGGCCGCUCGAGAUUUGACUUGACAUUUCAGCAGCAACAUGGCAACACGGUGGGGCAUAGUAAGUGCCGGUCUGAUCUCCAAUGACUUUGUAAAUGCAUUGAAGGCCUUACCCCCAGGGGAGCACCGCCUGGUGGCUGUAGCUGCACGCUCACUUGACAGUGCAAAAAGCUUUGCAUCAAGAAAUGGAGUGGAAAAGGCAUAUGGGUCAUAUGCAGAGCUUGCUCAGGAUCCUGAUGUAGAGGUGGUGUAUAUUGGCACAAUCCAGACACAGCACCUCGCUGCUGCUUCCCUCAUGAUCCAGUCUGGGAAACAUGUCCUUUGUGAGAAACCCCUUUGUUUAAAUGUGAAGGAGACUAAGCAGCUUAUUCAACUUGCUGAGGAAAAGAAGGUUUUCCUGAUGGAGGCAGUAUGGUCAAGGUUCUUCCCUGUGUACCAGGAGAUGACAAGAAGAAUCAAGUCAGGAGAGAUUGGAGACGUGGUGCAAGUUAUCUGUUCCUUUGGCAAAUCAGUGGAGAAUGUAGAGAGGCUGCUGAAGAAAGAAACUGGCGGAGGAGUCACCCUGGAAAUAGGAAUUUACCCAGUGCAGUUUACCACACUAGUAAUGGGAGGAAAGAAGCCACAGAAAGUGCUUGCUGGUGGACACCUGAAUGCCAAUGGUGUAGAAGAAUCAACAAGUGUCUCGCUUGUCUACUCUGGACGACGCUUGGCUUCUCUGAGUGCCACCAUCAGGGCAUGUUUGCCUUCAGAGGCCUUUGUUAUUGGCACUAAGGGCACUAUCAAGGUGAACUAUCCCAUGUGGUGUCCUGAAAGCCUGGAGUCACCAUCAGGAAAAUUUGAGUCACCACUUCCCAAAACAGGUCACACUUUCAACUUUGAUAAUAGCCAAGGAUUAAUGUAUGAGGCAAUUGAAGUGAGACGCUGUCUUAAAGAAGGUUUGCUGGAGAGUCCAGGGAUGAGCCACAAAGAGAGUCUCACUAUUGCUGAAGUCAUGGAGCAAAUAAGACGACAGGUUGGAGUAGAAUUUGACUAGAACAUCAAGGCAAUCUAACAGUGUUAAGCUUUCAUAUAAAGUCGUAAACUAAUUGCUGUUAUUGAAGACUGGAGCCCAACUAUAUACUGUAUAGUGAUAGCAAUAAGAUAAUCAGUGGUAUAGUAUUAGAGUUCUUUUAGAAUAUUGUAUUAAUCUUUACUUUCAUGACAUCAGUAGUUUGCAGUAUGGAACUGUACUUGUGUUUUCUAACAUUUAUACUCAAUGAUACAAUCAAAGUUAGAAGAUUCUUAAUUCAUUAAUUAAGUUUUAUUACCAUCUCGGUUAUUACAGAACAAAAUUGUAAUUUUGUCGUGGAAGUCAAAAUCCUCAUUAGUAUGUAAUUCAUGUAAUUAUGGUUAUUCACUUGUUUAUGGAAUACACGAAGUUUCAAUUUGUUAUGUAGCUUAAUUCUGUUAAUUUGUAUUUCAACAAGUCCUUCAUUAUAUCUUGAGAUAUAUCUUGAGAUGAUUUCGGGGCUUUAGUGUCCCCGCGGCCCGGUCCUUGACCAGGCCUCCAGUAAGUCCAGUAUAGCAGCUUUAUAGUAAGAACUAACUGGUAGCAUAUUCAACUGUACCAUGGAAAUAUGUACAGGAAUUUGAGAAAUGCAGACCAUAAUAAAAUUAUAAAAUAAUUGUAAGUUAAUGGUCUGAAAUGCUCAAUUACUAUGCAGUACAUUUUUUUUCUCAACAAUAGUAAUGUUUUUAUAUUAAAAGGAUUUUCUAUUUCAGAAUUCAGUUUUCUUAGUAGUACAAAAGAUGGUGAUAUUGUUGACAGCAGCUUAAAUUUUACUUGGCUUUACCUGUUGCAACAUUUGUUUAAAUUAAUGGUUGUUAGAAAACUUCAGUUUGGUUAAUUUUUCUAUAAGUGAAUGCCUGUUUUGCUCAUUUAAAAUUAUUUAAUAAAAAUCAAAUGUUCACACAAUAACAUAAAUAGCCUUAGAAAAUUUUAAGUAAAUAACUUAACAAAUGCUAAUCUGCAGUAGCAACUAGACUGAACCAGAAAUGAGUUACUUUACAAACUGCUCAUAGAGCACAUAAUUCUUCUAGAAAAUUUAAUGAAACAUUUUAGCUAAUUAAUAAGGCAUGUGAAGUAUCAAGAAAAUUGUACUUUAACAAAUAUUAAUGCAAAAUCACUAGAACUCCUAGCCUGACCCUAUGACUAAAUGUAUGUCAAAUUACUUUCUUACAGUACAGUACUCUUACUUUGUCCAUCAUGCAUAAAUAUAUAUAACUAGCACAAUAA